CACCCCCAAGACAUCUUAGAAUCCGGGGGCCGAAGUCAACGAGUUGGACUAUGUAGGCGGCAAUCAACUACGCCUAGAGCUUCCGCCAUCGUAUUGGAGAGUCGAGUGUUUUACAGGUGGGGAUUCUGGGGAAUUUCAGCCUUCAGGGGCCAUGACAUCUUGGCUGUGGGCAACCCUUCCCUGCAGGUGGGCAACCUGGCAACGUUGGGCGUAUUGCGAGGCUGAACUACUGCCUGCCAGCCUUCUUGCGAUGCCGUUGUUUUGCCUUUCUUCGCUACCUAGUUAUCAAUCGGCACAAAACAACUUCACACUUCUAGAGAUCCCAUAUCCUCCUACUCAAAAGUCUCGCCAAACUCCUUAUCCCAGGCCAGACCCGCGCUUAAAUCGACGAUGGAUCUACUAUGGGCCUUGCUAAGCUUCUGCAUCUUCCUCGCCUUGACAGCGGUGCUCCGCAGACAAACAUCGAAGAAGCUCCAAUAUCGCUAUUCUCCACUCCCGCCAGGGCCUGGCAAUAUCCGCUUGCUCCGCCUACUGCCACACGCCGACGAGACGGCCGCCAUCCAAUGCGAGCUCUUCAACUAUUCGCUGCAGAGCUCGAGCCAACGAACGCAUCAGUACGAGGCGCUCUCCUAUGUAUGGGGCAGUCCAGAGGUGAAACUGCCAAUUUUUAUACACGGAUAUGUGUUCAAUGUGACGGUCAAUCUUCACGCUGCGCUUUUGCGGCUGAGGAAUCACUCUAUGGAGCGGGUGCUGUGGGUCGAUGCUGUUUGCAUAGAUCAAGACAAUCUGAAAGAGAAGGAGCUUCAGAUACAGUCUAUGGCGGAGAUUUAUGGGCAAGCAAAACAGGUGGUUGUUUGGCUUGGAGAGGCGGCAAAGGAUAGCGACUUGGCGCUCGAAAAGAUACGCGUUGCUAGGGGCAAGAAAUCUACAAAUUCUUCAGAUAACGGAACAGUCCAGAAAGCACUGCUUGCACUGCUUGGACGACCGUGGUUUCGGCGCAUCUGGAUACUUCAGGAAGUUGCCGCAGCUCGACACAUCCUGAUCAUGUGCGGUGCCACGGAGCUUGAUGGAUACGCCUUCUGCUUAGGUGUGGACUCACUGCUAGACUUCUACAAAGCUCGCGCAGACUUGCAGAGCUGGAUCCGUUCAGUGACCUACUUGAUAAGGGGAGCGAUCUUCAGGCCUGUAAGGAGUAGGCUGGGCAGUGUUUCGCGAGGCAUAUGCUCAUUAGGCGAGCUGAUGGAGAUGUAUCAUACCCAUGAAGCCACCAAGCGCCAUGAUAAGGUAUAUGCCUUACUUGGCAUGAGCUCUGAUGAUCUCAGCAAAGCUAACCUGUCGCCAAACUAUGGAGUUCCGUGGGAGGUGCUCUUGCAACGACUACUUAGGUUUCUUCUCCACGAAAAUAUAUCUGUGGAAGUUUGGGGCAAUCAGGAGAUCGCAUUAAUGAAGAGCAAGGGCUGUAUUCUCGGGAUGGUGUCCUCGACACCGAGCAAUAUUACUUCGGAUGACAGAAAGAGCGUGGAGGUGAUUUGCAAAUUUGGAGAAUCGGGACAAAUGAAAGAGUGGGAGACUAAGUGGACUCUCCAAGUCUCGGCAAAACCCGUCCAAAAAGGAGACCUCAUCUGUCUUCUUCAAGGAGCUUCAAGAUUGAGGUUGGUUCGAAAACUGAAUCGUUGCCGCCACGUGCCCUACGAUGGAGUGAUCCUUAUCGUCAAUCGGCGAUAUCUCGACCGAUGGUGGCGUUGGAAGAUGGCAGAGAAGAAGGGUUGGAAUACAUACAUGUGGAUGUCGUUGCCAGGUGGUUCGGUCUGCUCGCUAUUCGAGCCAAACGCGGACUCGGCUCCCCUCCCAAGCACAUCUUCGCAAGGCUCACCAAUUCCAAAGAGCGGGGGUGCGGGGAAGACUCCGGAGGCAUACCCUACCGUGCCAGGUUCCCUUGAACCACAAGUGGCAGUCUACGAAUCUGUGUGUUUGAAGGUUGGGUGCAAAACUCUCUAUCCUCGAGGUAAACACUCUUUCUAUGCUUGUGCCCGCUUAUCUAGCACUGCUCGCGGUCCUCUAGUGUGAUUUCUGAAACUGUAAAGCAAUAGUUCUGGCAAGCCUGAUAGACUUCGGCGCCAUCUCAGAG